AAAACAAUUCGGACCUAAUCUUACACAAAACACCUCCUUAGCGGUAUUGAUAUUAAAGUGAGCUUGAUGUUUAUUUCAAUUUUCCCUCGAUUAAAGUACGACCUCAGUUUAAAAUGACAGCCUACUAUGUCAACGUUGCUGAAUGGAGCCCGGAACAGGUUGUAGACUGGAUGCGGGGCUUGGAUGAUACUCUUCUUCCCUAUAUGCAACCCAUGCUUGAACAAGAAAUCAAUGGCCAUAGACUCCUGUCAACUACAGUUGAAGAUUUGCCUGUGUUUCACAUAGAUAAACUUGGCCACCAAGAAAUUUUCAUGGGAGCAGUUGAUUUAUUAAGAGAUUUUCACUACAAUUUGGAUCGUGAGAAUCUUCAAUUUCUAGCUAUGCAAUUAAACUGCAAAGCUCGAAGCCUGUAUAAUGAGCUGCUACGUACAAGUCAUUCCUAUAACAACGGGAAAGCUGAACAAGUGACUACUGCAACUUUGGCAGCUGUUGCUGAUAUCAUUGAUAGAGUUAAAGAUCUUCUAUCUUGGCUUGACAGAGCACCUUUUGAUGGUCAUGAACCAUAUUUAGAAGUAAAAAGCAAGUUGCUAGAAAUAUGUCUUGAGCUUGCCACUAAUGCGCAAAGAGAUUUGUUUGCUGAACACCCAGUUCAGGUUAUUAGAAAAGGCUGCAUCUAUUUAAUCACAAUUACUGAUAGAAUAGUAUGUGAGUUUCUGGAUCCAUUGGUAUUGCAGCCAGCCUCUCUGGAUGUUGCUACUGUAAAAAAGAAACCAGAGGAAGAUGUAGUGCUUAUUAGUUCCCAUUCAAUUUCUAGUAGCUACGAUGGAACUGAUCUUCGGUUACAAGGCAUGCUUAUUCAGACAUCGUAUAAAGGUGUCCAUGUCAUUGGAGGCGUAACCUUCCAGAGUCCAGCCCAUCAGUGCGGGAAAAUAGAAGAAGGUGACGAAAUAGUACAGGUUAACUAUCAAACGGUUGUCGGUUGGCAGCAGAAAAAGCUGAAAGCCGCAAUGUUAGAAAACCCAACGAAAGUGAUCCUGACUCUAAAAAAGCGGCCACGUCAUUCGAACAAUUUUGGUCAGAUCUACGUAAAACCUUAUCGUCUGCCAAGCAAGAAGCGGGAAUCGUACCAUUUUCGGUGGCACUUGGGCGGGGAGAGCCAAACGAAGCCGGAGCUCACGUCAUCUUCCAAAGCCAUUGAUUCGGUUACUAUGAGCACGGUUCCAGUUGUGCACAUUGCGCCUCCAGUAAUGGCCGAGGUAAUGGCAGCUGAACUACCGUCGGAAGUGGAGAGUGACGAUACCGAUGAUGACAGCUUCUUACCAGACAAUCACGAUCCUAUCGCUGCGGCAGCCGCCGCUGCAGCCGUUGCGGCUGCUACGGGCUCGGAUAUGGCUGGAUGCGCGGCCGCUUCCCCGGCGAGCGUUCGACUAAUUUUGCCGAAAAACAGAUUGAGUAUCCAACGAAGAGCGACAGUGACUGGUGCAAGUCCUACGUCGUCUCGUCCAACACAUAAUAUUGAACAGUUUUGGAAGCAAUUGAAAGGCCAGCAAAGUAAAACACCCGAGUUAUUCGACUUUCUCCAUCAGCAACAACAGCAGCCUGAGCAACGUCCGCAUAGUAGUGUUGGCCACUACGAUGGCCAACCACGUAUACCGCACAAGAAAGAUCCAAGUGUUAACCAGUCAGACACCUCUGCGCCCGAUAAAGCAGGGUUGCUGCUGUUACGUGAAAAGGAGAAGGUCCACGCUGUUCCGUCGGCGUUAAUGGCCGGAAAAAUCAGUGAGGAGCCGAGUGAUUUAUGCACAGAGUUCGACCAAUUGCCAAAAGACAACAAACAAAUUGAUGGAAGUGAUGUAGAAAUCCGAUCGCCUUCGCGAAAAGUGUCGCAGGACCGACCGCGGCUGGAUAAAAGCCAAAGCACUCCGACUUACGAAUCUCUAUCAGGCGACAUGAGUUCAAUUGAGGAGAAACUACGCGAUAUUCGCUUACGCAAACAAAGCCGAGUGGAAGAAGAAGCGCCCAACCCUGUUAAAGAAGAUUCGAACCAUAGUCCUUGCCCCAUAUCUGUUUCUAAUUCCCCACCACUGUCACCUAAACCAGCCCUGCCUCCCCGAAAUAAAGUUCGGCCACCUCCGGAAGAAGACACAGUAGCUGAUCCGGCCUUGGUUAAUGCGCCUACAGAAUCCACUUCUCAUAAUUCGCUGAUCAUUCCUUCCUAUGGUCCUGAUGACAGAUCGGGUCAAGAGGCGAGCGCAGGUGUGAGUUCUGUUUUGUCCAAUUCAGCAUCACGUGAACUGUCGCACUUGGGUUUACGUCCGCACGAAAUCCGCGACCUGAUCCGUCGUGGACUUUGGCCUCGCCAUCCCACCGAUGAAGAUCGAGCGCUGCCUGCUUUGACUCGAGUAACCCGUCUGGACUCCAAUUUCGAUCCCGUUCCGGGUAGCACCGUUCCACGGAUAGCCCCCUCCCUCUUGGUGACCUACGCUCGCCAUGACGAGGAAGUUCACGUGGCCCUACCCCCAGUUAAAACGAGCAGCCACGGCAGUAGUCAUUACGGUGCAAUUAGUUCUGCCAGUCGCACCCAAUACCAGCAUCUCAGUCAGCGGCCCGCCAACUACCAACAACAGCAACAACAGCAAUGCGAUAAUGAGAGAUCAACAAGUGACGGUCUACGACAUCGCCGUGUUCCAUGUCGCGAAUUAGGAGAAGGCGAUUGCCAAGGAUGGCUGUUCCGGCGUCGUCAGACACGUGGAUUUUUCGCCGGACCCCGAUGGACACGCCGUUUUUUCGUCCUAAAGAGGCACACCCUUUAUGGUUACCGUGAUCCGGAGGAUCAAAAAGCGGAAAGUCUGAUCUGCUUACCUGGAUUUAGUUCGUCUGUUGCUACUGAAGUCAAGUCGAAGAAGUUUGCCUUUAGAGUUUUCAAUCCGGGCACGAUGUUUUACUUUGCUUGCGAGACCAAGGAGGAAUUGAACAAGUGGCUGAACACGGUGAAGCAGUCGGCUACAGCGCCUUAUGGGAACACUGGUGAAGGUUCGAACAUACACAAGGACUCCUCGUUUAUUACCAAAGGAGCUUAUUACAGCGAAACGGAAGACGAAUCCCUGGACGAAGCAGAGAACCAUAAGAGUGGUCUGUCAGCUACUCUAAGACGAAGGAAAGGGAAAGUUCCGCCAGCAUUGCCCCCUUCUAAUUCGCACAAAACAACCCCAUUCGAAGGAGCGGCAACGCUAGGUCGAAUCAAAAAGAGCCCCGAAAAUCCCUAUUCGACAGAGGAGAAGAGUUCCCCUUCUGCUUCCAAAGCCAAUAGCCGGAGCCCGAUGGCUGCCAGUUUAGACCGAAAGUAUUUGCGUUUCUUGCGGGUGGCCCCCGAAAAACAACCCGUACCUACUCCGCAAUUCCGCAGUUAUCGUAAACCGAGUCCCUCACCGUCGCCGACGGCCACAGCUCCCCCAACUGCGCUACCACCUUCACCUUGCUGGAUGGAUGGAUCCAAACCUCCACCGCGGCCGCCUAACGAUUCGAAACCGGCUUCGCCAUUCAAGCCGCUUCCAUCGCCACACGUCAUGAAAGAUCCCGUGGAAUUGAAUGAAUCGUCUUUUGAUUUCUCAUCGCCCGUUCAACCAAAGCAUCCACAUGUUAGCCGUCAUUCUGCUGAACGGGCCGCUCCACGCUCCAACCCUUCAGAUGCCAUCAAUGCUUUCCGCAAGAGUAUCAGCACUUCCAAGUUGCCCAGUACACCUACUUUGCAACUGACUAAUCAAAGUGUCAUCUCCGAAGCAUCACCAAUGGAAUCACAGGAAUUGAAAGAACGGCCUAGUUCAAUCACAUCGUUUGCACGUCGUUCCAGUCGGCCUCACAGUAUCGAAAUAAUCGAUAGCAAAUCACCGAAAUCGCCCGUUAAACCUCAGUUAGCUCCGAAACCGAACAGUGCACGAACGACAGUCAGACACGGAUCGGAACCUCCAACUGAUGCGCCUGCCAUUGACGGAGCCCAACGCCGAGCUAACAGCGGCUCGUGGAACCGCUCGAACUGUGGCGACAUCGACAUCUAUGGCAGUCUGGAAUCGGGUUACGCCAAAAUCAAACCACGUAAUGCCAGUAGCGCCAGCGACUACUUCCGCAGCGGCAAUCGUGCGGGUUCGACUAGUUCAAGUCCCAAAAAAGCGGAAUCUGUUGGACGUCGAUCCAGUGUGAGCUCUUCGAGGCGUUCUAGCACCGAUUGUGGUUCCACCGUGAAAUGUAGCGGAGUCAGCAGCAGUCUUUCGAAAUUACCUUCACCUAGUGCUUCCCUCUCGCCAGCAUCGCCCAGCCGAGGGAUGUUCGAUUUCAACAAUGUGGAUCCGUCUGGAAAGAGUUAUCGCCAAGGACCACCAGAUCAGUUAUGGAUCAAUUCUUUACGCAGUGGCAUGGCUUCAAGUCCAGGCAAGCAUGGCUGUAGUCCCGAUCGCCCUAAAAAUUCGAGUAGUAGACUGAAAAGCGCCGCCUGCUAUCAACCAAUGAACUUCCCGCUUAGUCCCAAAGACGAUGCAAAAAUGAGGACUGCCUUUGAAAUGAGUUUGGACAUCACAUCUCCGCCGACGCCGGAUCCGGAAAUUCCGAAAAUGACCGGUGCCGCCGCGGAUGCGAAACAAUUCUUCAAAAUGUUGGUUUCGCCGAAAUUCGGUCGCAAAACGACGCCAUCACCUUCCAUUCCAGCCAAAUCGAAGAUGCUCGAAGCAUCGUCGUUCGCAACGACGCCAUCUCCUCGUUCGCAGAAGACGCUUUUAGGCUCGCCUCGCCUCCAUCGUGCCAUCUUCGGCAAUUCGCGAGAAAAACGCAAGAAACUACUCGAAACUGGCGAAUCUCAUUUGCAUCCGUUCGUUCCCGAAGAGUCUGUCCUGACUUUGGAUGAUCGUCCCGAAACAGACGAAACUCAAUCGAGCUUUAAUUCAUCACUUUCGAGUGAGUUUUCUCCUCGCUUCUCACCGGCGCCUGUCAAUCAUCAUCGCUCACACCAACGACCGCCUCCGCUGAUCAACCCCGUGCAGAGCCCGUCGGUUUCCAGCAGCUGCGGCAUCGCCGUCGUAUCGCCGUACGAAGAUGGUAACGGUAGUUGUCCGGGCACGCCUAAAACUCCGUCGCUGAAACCUGCCAUGGGCGUGUCGAUGAUAGGCAAGCAACGCCGGACGCCUGUGGGACCCGAUUCACCUUUCGGUCUACCACCGAGCCCAGGACCUUUGACUGGAGGGUCUUUACGCCACAGCUCUUCGACUACGCGUUUCCCGUACUCGCUGACACCCAAAGAAGCUUCUCCAGCUCCAGCGCCUCCGUUGAUCCAAUCCACUGGAGAGCUGGAGUACCCACCCGUCUUCGAACCCGGCACGUACAGCCUGUCGGAGAAGAAUGUCGAAAUGCACGUGUCGUCGACUCGGUCUUCUCUGGCGUCAUCUACGAUGCCGCCCGUUCCAGCACCCCGCACGAAAUUUCUCUCUUCAACCACUAGCCGUUUGUCGCAUUCACCGUCGAUGGAUUCCAAUUCGAGUGCCACCAAUUCCAAUGUUGGCCAGCCACAUCGUAUCAGACUCGAAUCCCGUCGUUCCAUCGAUGAGUCAUCGAAUGCUUAAAUUUCAUUGCCAAUAUGUACUUUGAAUUGUUUAUUUUUUAUUAUUUUUUUUUUUCGUUUGACUCACUUUGCGGUGUUCCGUUGAAAUGUGUGAUUUUUUUUUUUUUUAAUCCCGCUGCCAAUUUGCAAUUUUCGCUCUGACCGUUUGCAUUUGCCACGGUUUUUUUUCCAAUGAUUCUUUUCGAGCCAAAUAUACAUUCUCUUCGUACGUUAA